GCGUGCGAUGGCGCGUAAGGUGAAAAGAAAUAUUGCAACGGUUAGUGAGUUGUCAACAUUAGUAAGACUGAUAGCCGUAUGGUGGCGCGUUGAAACUUCACGUCCUUGUCCAAAAACUUUCAAUCCGGCCCUUUCACCAUGGAUAACUGGUUAAAAAUCUGCCUAGUUGUUGUGUUUGCUGUUGCUACAACAGGAAAUGAAGAAGCUACACCUGCCAAGCUACUGUUCUCAAAACAAAUUCUAAACAAAUAUCUAGUGGAAGGAAUGGACAUUGUUAUUAAAUAUUCUUUAUUCAAUGUUGGUGGUACUGCAGCUCUAGAUGUUCAAGUUGCUGAUAACACUUUUGGUCCACAAGACUUUGAAGUUGUUGGUGGGCAGUUGAAGGUCACAAUUGACCGUAUUCCUCCUGGUUCUAAUGCGACACACGUAGUUGUUAUCCGUCCUUCCAAAUACGGAUAUUUCAACUUCACAGCGGCUGAGGUUUCCUACUUACCUAGCGAAGAUGCUGCCGAGGCACUUGUUGGUCUUUCUAGUGAGCCUGGACAGGGUGCUAUUGUGCCAUUCAAAGAAUACGACCGAAAGUUCUCUCCUCAUCUGUUGGAUUGGCUGUCCUUCGCUGUCAUGUCGAUGCCUUCUUUGGUGCUUCCCUACGCCUUGUGGUACUCAUCCAAAACCAAAUACGAAGCUAUCAUGACACAGAAGAAAGACAAAUAAGAAAUCGAUGGCCAAGUGUCAAUUUGUGUCUGUGAAGUAAUAAUAACCCUCCAUUCUGCUAAGCAUUGUGUUCUCGAUGAGGCAGUAAAUUACCAUGUUUCUGUUAAGGAAAUUGAAGAGAGGGUUUUACGGGUGCAAACAGUAAUAAACUGUUUUAUCCUGA